CGAUUUGUUCUCCUAGCUCGUUAAUUCCCUUCUAAACUUCGUUCUUGUGUGAUUUGAAUAAAUUCACGGAUUGCCAAAAUAUCUCCAAAGGAUUAGAUAUCCCGAAAUACGUUCUUGUUGAGGUUAUUAUAUUCAUCAUGCCUAAAUACUACUGUGACUACUGUGAUACCUACUUGACUCACGAUUCUCCAAGUGUGAGAAAAACUCAUUGUACGGGUCGAAAACACAAAGACAACGUGAAAUUCUAUUAUCAGAAAUGGAUGGAAGAGCAAGCGCAGCACCUGAUAGAUGCUACUACGGCAGCUUUCAAAGCAGGCAAAAUUGCUAACAAUCCCUUUGCUCAGCCUGGAAAAGGUGGUGUGGCAAUUCCACCUCCUGCACAACUGACGAUGGGACAGAGGCCAGGGGCACCUGGUGGACCCAUGAUGCCACCAGGACCAAUGGGACCAGGAGGACCAAUGCCACCUAUGAUGAUGGGCCCCCAUGGACCUAUGCCUCCUAUGAUGGGGAUGAGACCUCCAAUGAUGGGUAUGCACAUGCAGAUGGGACCGAUGGGUCCCAUGGGUCCUGUGAGACCACCAAUGGGUCCUCCAAUAAAGAAUCAAUAAUUAAUUUCUAUGUCAAGAGACAAGUAUUGUUAGAUGUUCGAUUUUAUCUAUGAUUGAGUUCACAAAUGAGAUGGAAAUUUUGUGUGUGU